AUGGAAAACUCCGAAUUUUUAGUUAAUUUCGAAUUAAAAGAAUAUUUUGAGGACUUGGAGACGCAGACCUCUUCGCCAUCCAGCAGCUGCAUCGCCGCCCCCAAGCUCGAGAGAACGCCGCCGAACGACUCUGGGCAAGAGGAGGUUUGUGCAACAGCGGGGGAGUUCGUGAGGGCCUACUGGCUGCUGCUGCUGCUGCUGCUGGUUUUGUUUGUGUUGAGUUUGGCGAGCGAAGUGUGGGGCUGGCAGUGGGCAGCAGCAGCAGCUCCUGCUGCGCUGCUGUCGCUGCCGGUGCAGACGCAGUGGCCGCUGCUGCUGCAGCCCAGCAGCAGCUGCAGCAAAGACCCCCCUUUUGCUGCAGUGCUGGUGCUGACAGCCCCGGGGGACUGGGGGGCUCGUGCUGCAGUGCGGGGGACUUGGGGGGGCGAGGGUUGGGUGUGGGGCCGGCGUUUGCGGGUGUUUUUCGUGACGCCCGCAGCAGCAGCAGCAGCGCUGCAGCAGCAGCUGCGCAGUGAGGCGCAGCAGCACGGAGACAUCCUGCAGCUUGCUGCUCCCGACAGCUACAGGCUGCUGACGCACAAGACCAAAGCUGCGCUGCAGUGGGCAGCAGAGUUCUGCAGCGAAGCAGCAUUUUUAGUAAAAGCAGAUGCAGACAUUUACCUCAAUUUAGAGAAACUAGUGGCCUUCUUGGAGGCCAAACAGGGGGCCCCCCUUGCUGCGGGGGCCCCCCACCAGGGGGCCCCCCUCAUCACCGACCCCACACACCGCAACUACCAAGACCCCGCGCUGCUGCCCCACAGGGCCCACUACCCCCCUUACCUCGCGGGGCCCCUCUACAUUCUGUCGGGGGAGCUGGGGGCCCUCCUGGCCAGGGGGGCCCCCUGGCUGCCGCUGCUGAGCAACGAAGACUGCUUCGUGGGGGUCCUUUUGGAGGCCCUGGGGGCCCCCCUCGAGAGCACUGGCCCGGGGGCCCCCAUCAGCCUCUACGCCGCGGACUCCGACGAUUUUGCUGCUUUCAAAAACUUCCUCGCCGUCCACCCAGUCAGCCCGCAGCGGCUGCUGCAGCUCUGGCAGCAGCUCCACUAG